UUCUGCACGACCAGUUCAAAAACGGGGAAGGCGUAGUUGGAUGGGGUUUGUGUUGGAGGACCGCUGUGCCGCAGUCAUUUACAUUAAAUUGCUUCGAUACACACGGAGCAUACGUACCUCAAAGUAAGUUCAAGAUCGUUUUAGGGAAACGUGUCGUUCAGUACAAACCGUUAAGCAACGUAAACGUUCAAUCGAACUGAACGCACCCCUGGAUGACUGUUUCCGCAUCUAGCCAGCUGUCCUAAUGAAUGAGGCGGAGGAUCUCCAGCAUUGCUUCUCAGUGAUAUAACAGCAAGGAUAUUAAUUUCACUAACAGUACCUUUAGAUAUCACAAUGCAGACCCUCACACCCCACGUGUAUUGGGCACAGCGUCAUGCAGACAUCUACCUGCGUGUGGAGCUGAGUGACGCUAAGAAUCUUGAUAUCUGCGUGCAAAACAACACCCUGCAAUUUAAAGCUCAGGGUCACGGAGCUAAAGGAGACCAUGACUAUGAGUUCAGUCUGGACUUCCUGGAACCAGUAAAACCUGAGGUUAGUCACAGGUCGACACAGCGCCUGGUAAAUGUGACAGUGAGGAAGCAAGAGCAGCGUUGGUGGGAUAGACUCACUCUGCAGGAGAGGAAACCUCUCUUCCUGGCGCCAGACUUCGACCGUUGGCUCGACGAAUCAGACGCAGAGAUGGAGCUUCAGGCUAAGGAAGAGGAGAAGAUAAACAAGGUCAGCAUCGAGUCAAGAAUCCGUAAAGACCCCUACCUGGGCCUGAAGAAGGGCUAUCUGUUCAUGUACAACCUAGUCCAGUUCCUGGGCUUCUCCUGGAUCUUUGUCAACAUGACCGUCCGUCUCUUCAUCCUGGGACAAGACUCGUUCUAUGACACGUUCCACACCAUUGCUGACAUGAUGUACUUCUGUCAGAUGAUGGCCGUAGCAGAGGUCAUGAACCCUCUAGUGGGUCUGGUCAAGACAGGGGUGUUCCCAGCUAUGAUCCAGGUGGUGGGUAGGAACGUAAUCCUGUUUGUGAUCUUCGGUAGUCUGGAGGAGAUGCAGAACAAAGCAGUGGUCUUCUUCGUCUUCUACCUCUGGAGCACCAUAGAGAUCUUCAGGUAUCCAUUCUACAUGCUGGCCUGCAUCGACACAGACUGGAAGUUGCUGACCUGGCUCAGAUACUCCAUCUGGAUGCCCCUCUACCCUCUGGGGGUGCUAGCAGAGGCUAUAGCUGUGAUCCAGUCCCUGCCUAUCUUCGAUGAGACCCGUCUGUACAGCAUCCCUCUACCUACGGUCCUGGGCUCGUCCUUCAGCUUUUCCUUCACUCUGAAGAUCUACCUGGCCCUCAUGUUCCUCGGUCUGUUCAUCAACUUCCGCCACCUGUUUCGCCAGAGGAGGAGACGAAUGCGCUCCAGGAAGAGGAAAAUGAACUAACGGAUAGAAAGACAAACCUCACGAUCUCUCUAGUCUCACUGCUGGUUGCCUUUUCACACCUCUCCUCUCCUUACACUUCUCUCUUCUCUCCUCACCUCACACCUCUCACCGCUCCUCUCUCUCCUCUCUCUUCUCUCCUCUCCUCACCUCUCUUCUCUCCUCUCCUCACCUCACACCUCUCUCCUCUCUCACCUCUCUUCUCUCCUCUCCUCACCUCACACCUCUCUCACCUCUCUUCUCUCCUCUCCUCACCUCACACCUCUCACCGCUCCUCUCUCUCCUCUCUCCUCUCUCUUCUCUCCUCACCUCUCUCCUCUCCUCUCCUCUCCUCACCUCACACCUCUCUCCUCUCUCACCUCUCUUCUCUCCUCUCCUCACCUCACACCUCUCUCACCUCUCUUCUCUCCUCUCCUCACCUCACACCUCUCUCCUCUCUCACCUCUCUUCUCUCCUCUCCUCACCUCACACCUCUCUCACCUCUCUUCUCUCCUCUCCUCACCUCACACCUCUCUCUCCUCUCUUCUCUCCUCUCAACUCACACCUCUCUCCUCUCUCACCUCUCUUCUCUCCUCUCUCACCUCUCUUCUCUCCUCACCUCACACCUCUGUCCUCUCCUCUCUCACCUCUCUUCUCUCCAACCAACCACAUCCUCCUCUUCUCCUUUUCCUGUGGAUGUACCUCCUCUAACAGACACUCAUCUUCCUCACCCAGUCUGUCCAUCAGAGGUACCUCCUCUAACAGACACUUCUCUUCCUCACCCAGUCUGUCCAUCAGAGGUACCUCCUCUAACACAAACACUUCUCUUCCUCACCAAGUCUGUUCAUCAGAGGUACCUCUAACACAAACACUUCUCUUCCUCACCCAGUCUGUCCAUCAGAUGUACCUCCUCUAAACACAAACACUCAUCUUCCUCACCCAGUCUGUCCAUCAGAGGUACCUCCUCUAAACACAAACACUUCUCUUCCUCACCCAGUCUGUCCAUCAGAGGUACCUCCUCUAACACAAACACUCAUCUUCCUCACCCAGUCUGUUCAUCAGAGGUACCUCCUCUAACACAAACACUCAUCUUCCUCACCCAGUCUGUCCAUCAGAGGUACCUCCUCUAACACAAACACUCAUCUUCCUCACCCAGUCUGUCCAUCAGAGGUACCUCCUCUAAACACAAACACUCAUCUUCCUCACCCAGUCUGUCCAUCAGAGGUACCUCCUCUAAACACAAACACUUCUCUUCCUCACCCAGUCUGUCCAUCAGAGGUACCUCCUCUAAACACAAACACUUCUCUUCCUCACCCAGUCUGUCCAUCAGAGGUACCUCCUCUAACACAAACACUCAUCUUCCUCACCCAGUCUGUCCAUCAGAGGUACCUCCUCUAAACACAAACACUCAUCUUCCUCACCCAGUCUGUCCAUCAGAGGUACCUCCUCUAACACAAACAAGUGCAUUCAAUUCACACCCUCUUUUUCUGAUUUAUAUCCAUGUCAUACUGUUAGUAUUAACAGAUACAUGUCAUACUGUUAGUAUUAACAGAUACAUGUCAUACUGUACUGUUAGUAUUAACAGAUACAUGUCAUACUGUACUGUUAGUAUUAACAGAUACAUGUCAUACUGUACUGUUAGUAUUAACAGAUACAUGUCAUACUGUUAGUAUUAACAGAUACAUGUCAUACUGUACUGUUAGUAUUAACAGAUACAUGUCAUACUGUACUGUUAGUAUUAACAGAUACAUGUCAUACUGUACUGUUAGUAUUAACAGAUACAUGUCAUACUGUUAGUAUUAACAGAUACAUGUCAUACUGUUAGUAUUAACAGAUACAUGUCAUACUGUACUGUUAGUAUUAACAGAUACAUGUCAUACUGUUAGUAUUAACAGAUACAUGUCAUACUGUUAGUAUUAACAGAUACAUGUCAUACUGUACUGUUAGUAUUGAAGGAGCUGUACUGUAAACGGUUCUAGCGUCUCUUGGCCAGACUAAACAACUUGUGUAUUUUCUGAAUUCCAUUUUGCAGCUCAUGUAAUCCUCAUAAUGGACCUGCCUUCAGUUUGAAUUCAGGAAGUGAAAUGAAAACUGCCCAUUGUAUUCUAUGAAGAGUGUUUUUUUUUUUAAAUCACUCUUUUUAAAAAUUUUGGAUCCACUUUAAUGACUUGACUGAAUAGAUCUGAAUUGACUCUGACUCUGUUACAGUCAUUGAUAGAACAGUCAUGUUGCACUUCACUACUGUCCCAUCUGACCAGAAGUCAGCGUCAGGCCUAAUGCUAUACAUUGAUUUGUUUUGUUAUACGUAUUUUUUUUUUUUUUAAAGGCCCAGUGCAGUUAGAAAUAUGUAUUUAUAUAUAUUUCCACACUAUGAGGUUGGAAUAACACUGUGAAAUUGUGAACAUUAUCAUAAUGUCCUUUUUAGUGUAAGAGUUGUUUUGAAUAGACUGACAUUUCAGCCUGUUUUGGCAGGAUGGAGUUUUGGCCUUCCACUGUGACAUCACUAUGGGGUGAAUUAGUUAAUUGACCAAUAAGAAAGAGAGUUCUAAAACCCCUCUGCCAAUAACAGCACAGUUUUCCCCUCCCCACUCAGACCACUCCCAGACAGACCUAGCUAAAUUGUUGCUUGAAAUCACAGUAAGGUACUUCAUUGUUGCCCAGGAAUGAUUUGAUAUUGACAUUAAAAAAAAACGCAUUUGGACUUUAAAAAAGAAAUAUUGCAUUAUUCCUAAAUGAACUUUUGUAUGCCAACAGUGUUUCUCAUGCAGUAUAGAAUCAAGCUGCAUUCUGGGAUGUAAGCUACUGUAUUCUCCAGUGAUGUUUAUAGUCCCCGUGAUAUCUACUAUCUCCAUCAUGCCAUCCUUGCUGUGUUGUUCCAAGGCUCACUGAUCUGUGUCUGAUGACAUGGUUAGAGUUGCGUCCCGACUCUCCACACUUCUCCUAGAGCGUGCUCUUGCACAAUUCCUGUCAUCGAAACAGACAAAGGGAACCAGUCAGAGCCCAGAACCUCAGGGAAAUGGACAUUGGUUAGAGAAUUAAGGGAAGAGGAUCACUGUCUGGAAUCAUGUGUUUUAUUAGAAGGUUUUGAAGGGUUGAAGGAUCAAUUAUAAUGUGUGAUAUUAUAAUAACCAAUAAAGUUAUGUGAAAUAAAGUGAA